AUGGGCAACCUGAGUUAUUUUCUAGGCAUUGAAGUUGUUCGUACAUCACAAGGCUUACAUCUCAAACAAAGGAAGUACAUUACCGAUCUUCUUGAGAAAGCGGACAUGCUACAUCCUAAGCCGGUUGCAACUCUGCUUCCUACUCAUCCAAAGCUCACACUCAACUGUAUAUGCACUGUCCUACUUCAGAUCACUGGCAAGCAGUUAAACGAGUCCUUCGCUAUCUCUAUGCAAACAUCAACUCUUCAUGCCUAUUCUUGCGCGGAAUGGGCUGGAGACUCCGAUGAUUACGUAUCAACAAAUGCAUAUCUCAUCUUCUUGGGUUCUCAGCCUGUUUCAUGGUCAACAAAGAAGCAAAAAGGCGUGACUCGCUCCUCAACAGAAGCGGAAUAUCGCGCAGUUGCGAACACUGCAUCCGAGUUAGCUGGGUAG